UGAUUGACAUAAUUGUCUGUCUGUAAUGUCUGUGUUGCAUUCAUUGAUUGUGUACUAAACAAAAACAGUGUGUGACUCGCUUUGAAUAUUUAUUUAUACUAUCAAUCAAAAUGCAAAGAAAUUUGCCUCAAAAUAAAGAAGCCCUGCUGAAAUCCUACACAACUAGGUUAAAGGAAGACGUCAAAAGUAUGCUAGAAAAUUUUGAAGAGAUCAUCAAGCUUGCAAAACUUGAAAAUGAAACCCAACUCAAUAGAAUGACACAAAUUGAACAGGACACAUUUGAAAUGCAAGUCCGAGCAGCUAACAUUGUGAGAGCUGGUGAAUCCUUAAUGAAGUUGGUAUCAGAUAUAAAACAAUACUUAAUACUGAAUGAUUUCCCAUCAGUGAAUGAGGCUAUAACACAAAACUCCAAACUGUUCCGAACAAAGCAACAAGAAUGUGAUCAAAAACUCAUGUCACUCCGAGAUGAUAUUGCAGCUGAUCUCUAUGAUUUGGAAGAUGAAUAUUUUACUAGUAUAUAUAAGUGAAAUUCAUGUAUAAUUAAGUUAUAAUAAAUAAUAAUAUUCCUUUUUUUUUAA